UCUUUGUCGACUUUAAAGCUGCUUUCGACAGCACGAAAAGGAGCUGCCUUUAUGCCGCGAUGUCUGAAUUUGGUAUCCCCGCAAAACUAAUACGGCUGUGUAAGCUGACGUUGAGCAACACCAAAAGCUCCGUCAGGAUCGGGAAGGACCUCUCCGAGCCGUUCGAUACCAGACGAGGUUUCAGACAAGGUGACUCACUCUCGUGUGAUUUCUUUAACCUGAUGCUGGAGAAAAUAAUACGAGCUGCAGAGCUAAACAGAGAAGGUACAAUCUUCUAUAAGAGUGUACAGCUACUGGCGUACGCCGAUGAUAUCGAUAUCAUUGGAAACAACACCCGUUAGUUCUGCUUUCUCCAGACUGGAUAAGGAAGCGAAACGUAUGGGUCUGGUGGUGAACGAGGACAAGACGAAAUAUCUCCUGUCGUCAAACAAACAGUCAACGCAUUCGCGUCUUGGCUCCCACGUCACUGUUGACAGUAAUAACUUUGAAGUUGUAGAUAAUUUCGUCUACCUGGGAACCAGCAUUAACAGCAAUAACAAUGUCAGCCUGGAAAUCCAACGCAGAAUCACUCUUGCCAACAGGUGCUACUAUGGACUAAGUAGGCAAUUGAAAAGUAAAGUCCUCUCUCGACGAACAAAAACCAAACUCUACAAGUCUCUCAUCAUUCCCGUCCUACUUUACGGUGCAGAAGCGUGGACGAUGUCAACGUCCGAUGAGACGGAACUAGGAGUUUUCGAGAGAAAUUGCGGAAGAUUUAUGGUCCCUUAAGAAUUGGCAACGGCGAAUACCGCAGACGAUGGAACGAUGAGCUGUAUGUGUUAUUCGACGACAUAGACAUAGUCCAGCGAAUAAAAAAACAGCGGCUACGCUGGCUAGGACAUGUUGUUCGAAUGGAUGAAGGUGCUCCAGCUCUGAAAGUAUUCGAUGCAGUACCCGCUGGUGGAAGCAGAGGAAGAGGGAGACCUCCACUCCGAUGGAAGGACCAGGUGGAGAGGGACCUGGCUUCGCUUGGAAUAACCAAUUUUCGCCAAACUGCCAGAAGGAGAUGUGCGUGGCGCGCUGUUCGGCUAUAACCGCGUAAGCGGUGUCUACGCCAGUCAAGAAGAAGAUGUAAAGCAGACUACUGCCUUAAAAGAUUUUAGUUUGCUUCCCUUAUCUUCAUAUACAUAUCGCUCAUUUACAUGAAUAGUGUCACAACUCAAAAAAGUUGAUUUUUCAGGAGAGCGUUUUAAAGUUUUCAAUUGUCUCUUAUUUAGCAAAUAUAGAAAAACGUCAUAAGUUUAUUAAAUAAAUUAGUGGCAUUUGAUAUAAUUGUGAGCAUAAGUGGAAUAAGAGAAUGAACAGAAGCUUUUUUAAAGGCAUAAACGUGACCUUUUUUGAAUUAUAUCAGAAUGAAAUUUUUAUACAAUAUGGACGAUGAAAUUGCGCACAUCGUGCGACACUAAUCCCAUUCGGCCCUAUUCCCGUUGUCGUUUUAAUAGUCGUUUCUAAGUCGUCGUCGUUCUUAUCGUCGUUUCGUUCCUAAAUUGGUAUUCUUGAAGUAUAUCGUAACGCCUAAGAUAAGUUAUCGAAAUUUGUCUACAUAUGUUAUACAGUAUACUUUAAGGAGCUCUUUUCCCAUAUAAAAAUUUCUUUCUUAUGGAUUUUAUGCUAUUCUCUAUUGACGCUAAACAACGUUAUCACUGUAAUUAUUGUAUUUACGUACAACAAUGUUAGUCUUCCAUCUUUAUUUGAUUUUUUAAAAGAAGUAGUGGUGACAUCUGCGUCCUCCUAACUUUCUUCUAAAAUAUGUUAUACUUCCAGCGUCUCAUGCUCCUUGCUUCUGGCUAAUCCGACUACUCUACCUAGUGGUCCAGCCAAAGGAGACAUGGGUAGGUGUUUAUUAACUCCUCGUCUUGUUGGAGUACUAUUUUUUUUCUUCGUUUUGAAUUUUUAGACCUUUCAUAUCUUAAAUAUACUCUUAGAUAUAAAAAUGCAAUUUCAUUAAUGCCAACAAUUUCCGACGCGAGAAAGCGGUGGAAUGGAUUUAGUUUUUUUUUUUUUUGAGAAAAAAAAUAUCCCACCCAAGAAAUCGAAAUUUAAAGGAUUUAACCCUUUUCUAAAGUCCUUGGCAUAUGCAGGAUAUUUUUCCUUUUCAGAAAUUAAAAUUUCAAACUGUUUCCGCUUUGGAAUUUUCAUCUUUACUUCAAAUAUUCCUUCAAACAACCGCGUCGUUUCUAUGACGCUCACAAUUAUAGCAACGACAAAAAACGACUGUUUCUAUGUCGUUUCUAAAGUCGUUUCAAAUUGGGGAAUCUCAAUUUAUUUUCGAUAAAUGUCGUUAACGCCAACAGGAAUGCCAAAUAGGCGUUCUUAAGUCGUUUUAAAACGACAACAACAACGGGAAUAGGGGCGAUUAUAUUCCACCGCUACAAACAAUAACUUGGCCAAAAUUUAUAGCAGUCGUCAAGCAAACAUUAAUAUAACUUGAUAUUUUCAUAUAGUAUUAGUAAUUAUUACUUGUCAAAAUUGAUAUGUAAGACAGCUAAAAAGCAUAAAUAUAUUUCCUAACUUUCUGAAUGAUUUUCAAUGUUUUAGAAAAUUAAAAAAAGUGAAAUUAUCGGAAGUAAAAAAUCCAAAAACGUGGUUUGAGAUUAUUUGAUCAGAAAUGGAAGCACGGCGACGACACGACACGACGUAGCGACGGAUUAUCACAAAUGUCGCUUUGAAGGCAGCGUCUUGAACAUUUUGAAGACGGCAGCGACAUAUCAAACAGCAAUUUCAUUGUUGCCGUACUAAAAUCGGGGAAACUUUAGUAUAAUAUCCCAGGCUUUCGGUAAUAAAAUGGGUAUCAUUGGAAAGAGGAGGUUCUCCAGAUUAAGAAUAUAGCUGCAGCUGACUUAUAGUUUUCGAGAUAUUUGCACUUAAAGAUGAAAAAAGUGCUACUUUUAUCUUGAAUUUUCACAAUAUAUACUGAAUAUUUUAUUAAUAUUAUGCACUUAUUUUACACUUACACUUCACCACAUUGUUUCUGCAUAUUUGUUUUAUAAAAUUUAUCACGAAAAUAGUUGUAAAUAAAUAUUUAACAUUUUACACAAAUCUCUUAAUUUCAACAAUAACAAAAAGGGUUGCAGUUUGACAAGUAUGGCAACACAUAUCAGAUACAAACGAAUGAGAAGAACCAAAGUAAAUAAAUACCCCAAAUGCAGAAAACAAAUGCCCUAUAAAAAAAUUAUAUAAAGAUAAUAUGAGGAAAAUUUAUGAUAUUCACUCUAUGUACUAUAAGUAAGGGAAAUGAAAAGGUCUUUCGUUUGAAAUACUUUCCACAUUGGCGGCCUUCGGCCGCGCUUCAAAAAAAUAACCCUGGUCGAGCCAACACCGGGAGUUAUCAAAGAGGGGGGAAUUAAAAGUUCUUUCGCAAAGAACUACUUUCCACAUUGGCGGCCUUCGGCCGCGCUUCAAAAAAAUAACCCUGGUCGGGCCAUCACCGUGGGUUAUCAAAGAAAAGGUAAUACCGAGAUUUUGCAUUAGUCAUAACACCAUUAAGGUUUAUAUAUUUGGUGUAUAAUCCUUCUUUUUUCUGUUUAUUUUUAUUCUUUUAAUUUUUGCAAAAUAUUUCAUAUGGCAACACUCAUUACUUGUCAACCUGCAACCAUUUUACUAUUUUUAGACGAAGAUUUGUUUAAAAUGUUAAAUAUUUAUUUACAGCUAUUUUCGUCAUAAUUUUUAUAAAAUAAAUAUGCAGAAACAAUGUGAUGAAGUGUAUGUGUAAAAUAAGUGCGUAAUAUUAAUAAAAUUUUCUGUAUAUAUUGUGAAAAUUCGAGUUAAAAGUUGUACUUUUUUCAUCUUUAAGUGAGAAUAUCUCGAAAACUAUAAGCUGCAGCUAUAUAUAUAUAAUAUAUAUAUUGUAACGAAAAUGGCACCAGAACAAACUAGAAUAGACAAUCGAAAGCGAUAACUUGCCAGAUGUAUUUAGACAUCGAUAUUCGUAGUUGCCAGAAUGUUCGAGUGACGAUAACAUGCUAGCAAUCGACUAUAUAAGUGCUGCCGGGCUGGCAGCAAGACACAGUUCUGAUAAGAGAGUUGUCGAGUGAUGACAAUUCUAAGGAGAGAGUUGUCGAGCAAAGUGUAAACAAUUUAUAAGUUAGAGUUAUAAAGUAGAGUAUUGAGUACUAAAGUGUUAAGUUAUAAGGAAAUAGAAAUAAAGAUUAGUGUAUAGCCAUUAAUGUGUGACUUUUAUUUGACAAUCCAGUGAUCGAACUCAAGGUAGAGUUUUGGAGUAAACGACAGAUAUAAUUUUUGGAAAUCCGUUACAAUUGGUGUCAGAAGUGGGAUUGACAAAUAAAAUUCCAUAGGAGAUAAUGGUUAAGUUCAACGAUUUAAAGAUACCGCAACUCAAAAAGGAGUUGAAACAACGAGGCCUAGCAACGAAUGGGUUGAAAGCUGAGUUACAAGCUCGUCUGCGAGAGGCGAUGGAAGAAGAAAACAUCAACGUGGACGAAUUUGUUUUUGAAUCGUUGUUAGAGGAAUCAACAACGAAAAUUGAGGAAAAGGAAGAGAUUCCAUGUUCAUCAGGGGUACUGGACAUGAACAAACUUUUGUCUGCAAUACCGUCACAGUUCCAGGCGCAGGACACACGUUUAACAACAAAGUUGUCCCAACAGAUAAAAGAGCAAAUAACAGAGCUAUCAACGCAGAUAUCAGCUCAAAUAUCGGUACAAUUGAAAGAGCGGAAGUUGGAAGCGAAUGGGAUAUCUUCAGAGAUAGGGAAGCAGAAGGAAGAAUCAAUGGAUGAGACUUCAAAUACAGCAGAUGUGUCAAAACAGCUGGAAACGCAAGACGAGAAUUUGUUAACACAGACCGAAGCGAAUGAUGCUUGUAUGUCAAGGACUUUGGAAGCGCAUGAGCAGAUUUUGUCAACACAGUCGGAAGCGAAUAGGGUGUCCUCACAGUUGGAAAAAGAGGAGUCGAUGGAGGUGACCUUAAAAAGAGAAGAGGUGUCAGCACAGCUGGAAGUGCAUGGAGAGGGUAUACCAUCGCAGGUUUCGGCACAGGUGUCGACACAGUUGAAGGAACAGAAGGUACAUAUAUCGACGCAGGUGAUCCCAGAGAAGACAGACGUGUCAUGGAUAAAAGAUUAUGAUCUGAAGGAAGAAGACUCUCAAACGUCCAAAGAAAGUCCAGAGAAAGAAGAAAAGGCUGCAGAAUCUCUAGUCGCAAAGGCACAGUGCAAAAGCUUCAAGUUAGUGGCUGGUUGCUUAUAUCGGGUAUGGAAAAGUAAAGAAGGACAAAUCUCCCGAUCUUUCAUGGUUGGUCGGAAUGAGAGAUUACCUAAAGUUCGCUACGAGAUGCACAAAGGUCCAAGUGAAGUGCACGUAAGAAUCACGAAAGCCUUGGAAAAAUUGAAGAAUCAAUUUUAUUGGGUUGGUUGUCGUCAAUCAUUGAGAGAUUGCAUUGCAGCUAAAGUGUCGAUUUCCAAGAGACAUGGUCAGAUGCAGCAGUUCAAUUCGGGAGCGCCAUUUGAGCGAUUCCCAUGGUUGUAGCUGCUCCAUUACCUACCAUUGAAUCAGGAAACAAGAAUGUUUUGUUGGUCAGGACAAAUAUGUGCGCAAUUCGUAGUAAAGAGACUGACGAGAUGACGGACGUGGAUAUCAAAAGUUGGGAGAUGUGCCAGAAGCUAUGUGUCCGGAAAAUAUGUGAAGCUGCAUCACAUCCACGAUCCGAUAACAUCGUGGAAAGAUUCAUCCGAAAAUUGGAAGAGCAUUUCAGAAAGCUGGUGGACAGGUAUCACCACAGGUCCAGAGGAUGUCCAUAUAUCCAUGUUCCUGGCUUAUCGACCUGCUGUCCAGGAAUCAACUGCAUAGACGACUGCGAGUAUUAGUUUUGGUUACGGAAUAAUUUAAGGUUUAGGAUUAAUGCCAAAGGAGAAAGAAAGAAGCGUUUGGUUCUGGAAGUAUGUCUAAUCGGGACGAUCAGAUUUAAGUGGAGGGCAGUGUAACGAAAAUGGCACCAGAACAAACUAGAAUAGAUAAUCGAAAGCGAUAACUUGCCAGAUGUAUCUAGACAUCGAUAUUCGUAGUUGCCAGAAUGUUCGAGUGACGAUAACAUGCUAGCAAUCGACUAUAUAAGGGCUGCCGGGCUGGCAGCAAGACACAGUUCUGAUAAGAGAGUUGUCGAGUGAGGACAAUUCUAAGGAGAGAGUUGUCGAGCAAAGUGUAAACAAGUUAUAAGUUAGAGUUAUAAAGUAGAGUAUUGAGUACUAAAGUGUUAAGUUAUAAGGAAAUAGAAAUAAAGAUUAGUGUAUAGCCAUUAAUGUGUGACUUUUAUUUGACAAUCCAGUGAUCGAACUCAAGGUAGAGUUUUGGAGUAAACGACAGAUUUUGGAAAUCCGUUACAAUAUAUAUAUUCUUAAUCUGGAGAACCUCCUCUUUCAAACGAUACCCAUUUUAUUACCGAAAGCGUCGGAUAGUAUACUAAAGCCGACCCCUAAAAUCUUUCACUCCAAUAAAAUUUACAUAUUUAGUUUAAUGUGCAAAAAAUUUAAAAAUUGGCGAUUAAUUUGUUUUAAAUAUUCGAUUGUUAUUAUAAAUGAUAUAUCAAAGCUAUUUUACGUUUCUGCUGGCAAAAUAACGUCAUAUUUGUUAUGACUUUUAAUAAUUUUACUUAUCACAUAUUAGUGGCAACUCUACAGCUGCCCAUAGUCGUCGUAAAAUUAGAAACAUUUUUUAGUUAUCGACAGCGACAACUACAAGCCUGUGUCGUGUAGUCGUGCUGUUGUCAAAAAAUCUGUGCCCAUAUGAACGCGUGUAUUUUAAUAUUUGACAGAUGUCGCUCGUCGCUUGUCGUCUUCUAUGUGUUCAGCACAUUAUUUUCUUUUAUUUCUCUACAUUCCAUGAAAUGAAAUUCAGGAAAGUUUUUGAUUGUCAUUCACUUGGGAGUGGCCAGAAACGAUUCUUCUCCACAUGGUUCAAGCAGCUCACGACUUCCGGUUUUAGACCAAGUAUCCUCUGGGUAGCCAACAGACAUCCGUUUGAAGGCGAGCUAAAGUGAGAAGGCGAAGCCCGCUUAUGCGGUUGUGCGUAGGGCUUGGGACCCACCACAUAAAAACACCCCCCAAAGAAAAAUCUACGAAAGCCUCGGAUGAGACACCCCCCUUUUGAUGACGACCCCUGCAAAUGUUUUAAGGUCAAUGAUAUAAGGGCAUGCACCUGGAAUGUCCGGACCCUUAAUUGGGAAGUUGCCUCUGCCCAGCUGGUUGAUGUCCUCAUACGACUCAAGGCUGACAUCACCGCCAUCCAAGAAGUGCGAUGGACGGGACAAGGACGGAAGAAGGUGGGUCCUUGUGACAUCUACUACAGCGGCCAUAUAAAGGAGCGCAAAUUUGGUGUUGGAUUUGUGGUGGGAGAGAGACUCCGUCGCAGAGUCCUGGCAUUCACCCCGGUGGAUGAACGUCUAGCCACAAUCCGCAUCAAAGCGAGGUUCUUCAACAUAUCGCUGAUUUGCGCCCACGCCCCAACGGAAGAGAAGGACGAUGUGACCAAAGAUGCUUUCUAUGAGCGCCUAGAACGUACCUAUGAGC